UUAUGACUGAACUGGGGAGGGGGAGAUAUGUGUAACAUCUAUUACGACUUGUUUUAUUCGUGAACCACAGACACGAGUGGCUAUCGUCUGUAGCGUCAGACCCACCAGCGGCAAAGUGGGCAGGAGGUCACGUGAUACGUAGCAACAUCUCCGCCCUGCACAUCCGCAAAAUGGAGGACCGUGAGGCUAAAGAACCCGAACAGCUCCGAAAGCUGUUCAUCGGAGGUCUGAGCUUCGAAACCACGGAGGAGAGUUUACGGGCUCACUUUGAGCAAUGGGGAUCCCUCACAGACUGUGUGGUGAUGAGGGACCCUAACAGUAAACGAUCCAGAGGUUUCGGCUUUGUAACUUACUCCUCUGUACCUGAAGUCGAUGAGGCCAUGAAAGCAAGGCCUCAUAAAGUCGACGGGCGAGUGGUUGAGCCCAAGAGAGCCGUCUCCAGAGAGGACUCUAACAAACCAGGAGCACAUCUGACAGUGAAGAAGAUCUUCGUUGGUGGUAUCAAAGAAGACACAGAGGAGCACCACAUUCGGGACUACUUUGAGAAGUACGGUAAGAUCGACUGCAUCGACAUCAUGGAGGAGCGCUCCACAGGGAAGAAGAGAGGAUUCUGCUUCGUCUCCUUUGACGACCAUGACACCGUGGACAAAAUAGUCGCCCAGAAAUUCCACACAAUAAACUCCCACAACUGUGAAGUGCGUAAAGCUCUAUCAAAACAGGAAAUGAAUGCUAUAUCCAGUAACCGAGGAAGGAGCGGAGGAUCAGGAAACUUCAUGAGCAGAGGGGGAAACUUUGGAGGCGGCGGCAACUUUGGUCGAGGCAGCUAUGGAGGACGUGGAGGCUAUGACGAUGAUUUUGACAGUGGUCCAGGAGGAAAUUACGGCGGUGGACCUAGUUAUGGAGGCGGCCGACCAGGUUAUGGAGGCGGCGGUCCGAGCUACGGGAACCAGGGUGGAGGGUUUGGUGGCAGCGGUGAUGGAGGUUAUGGAGGAUAUGGAGGCGGUAGCUACAACGACUUUGGGAGUUAUGGUGGACAGCAGUCAAACUAUGGGCCAAUGAAGGGAAAUAACUUUGGCAGAAACUCUGGUGGACCCUAUGGUGGUGGCUACAGCUCCGGAGGCGGUGGCGGAGGCUACGGCUCACGGCGGUACUGAACACAGCAUGUUUUCGGCUUCAGUUCUUAGCAGGAGAGGCGAGGAGGUGAGCAAAGGAAUUGUCAGGAAAGCUGCAGGUUACUUUGAGGCAGUCAUCUGAAAGCAUUAGAGGAACACAGAAGUCAGACUUAACUGCAGCUAAGUCGGAGAAGUUAAAGGAAGAAGGACUGUAAGAACAAGACAUGAGUGCAGAUGAUGCCCUUCCCUAAUUGUGGUAGAUGUUUCCCUGCUGAGAAAGUUUUCCUUUUUCUGCGUCUAAAGUGUGUGUGUAUUGUGCCUAAUGGUAUCAGGGGUUAAGAGCAACUUUUUUUUAAACCUUCACUCCUACAUUUUUUUUUUACUUUCAUUUUCUAUGGCCUGGUUUUCUGCUGGCCAAUUGUUUUACAUCAGCCCUUAGAUCAGCUAGAAUUUCUUCUUUCUGACGUUAUUAUGAUUAAUUGAUUGCAAGUGUCAAGUGUAUUUUAACUUUUCCAUGUAAAGCACAGUGUGUAAACCCUUCGUAGUACCAGUGUCAACAAGUAUAAAGAGCCCGAAUUAGAACCAAGGGAAUCCCUCGCUCCAUAUGUUCCCAGCCAACCAGUUUUUAGAUUGUUCACAUAUUUCCGUUAGUAGAUUUGAAAAAGAAAAAAAAAAGACAAAAUAAAAUUGUGUAGUAAAGUAACACAAGGUUCAGUGCAUUAUUGGUUCAGCAAAGGUUUAAAUGAGUCACAGACUAUUGUUUUUCCAUGUCAUUGCAAUGUUGGUGCAGCCUGUUCAACUUAACUGUGGAGGUUUUGUAAGCAGUGUUUUCUUUGCUGUUUUGUCACGUUACAACUUCAGACUUGCAGGUAUUUUGUUCAGAUGUUAUAUUAUAGACCAACACAAAGUAGCACACAAUUGCUAAGUGGAAGGAAAAUAAUUGUUUUUAGAAAUUUUACACAGGAAAAAAAGAAAAUGUGGCAUGCAUUUGUAUUCAACCCUGUUUACUCUCAGACCCCUGAAAUAAAUCCAGUUCACCCAGUCGCCUUCAGAAGUCACAGUA